AUGGACACGGCUCUCUUCUCACCGUCUUCUCUCUUCCGCUGCUCCGACGACGACGAAGAAGAGGGUGAGUCCAAGCGACGUGCACAUUUCCCCUCUUCUUUGUUUGACCUUCCCUGCUGUAGUUGCGCAUGACAAGUUCUUGAUGGGCUUUCGAAAUGACUGCGUCUACAGCCCUUCCAUCUUCCCCUUUUUUCCGUUUUCUGUGAUCAUGGAAUCAAUCAUCAUUGCUCGUUGUCAUCUGGCGCUGCAGCAAUUGGGGGUCGACAACUGGGGAAUCAGAAACAGCAGCAGCAGCUGGAAGAUCCCACGACGUUUGUCGAGAGGUUCCAUGCUUUCCCUGGUGGAAUGGUACACCACGAGCCCUUCCCAUCAUGUAUUGGUUUAUUCUUCGUAUUGGCAUAGUCUGGUCAACAUUGGCCCAAAUGUUUCGGUAAAUUAAGGAGAAUAAAUUAAAAUGAAGGACGCAGUGAAAUAGUGCUUUCAAACUAUAUAUGAAGAACUUCAGCGCAUCCCCAGCAGCUCAGUCGAGGCCCUUGCUUCUGGUUUUCUUUGCCUAAUUUCUCCCUUUCAUCAGCUUGAAACUACUUUUGGGGUGGAACUCAUUAUGUUGAAUUAUGUAGAUGAACCCUACGAAAUAGGAUGCCCAAGGCCUAUUACAUCAAUCUGCGAUUCCGGGACGCCUAGUUUUUUUCCCCCACAUUUAAACUCACAACGUCCUGUGAUUUCGCAUGAAUGAUUAAGAAGCACUGAAUCCUAUCUUAGUAUGAUAUGUGCAAUAACAUUACUGAAUUUUUAGCGCAGGUUUAAGAGAUUAUGCUAGACCAGUGUUGAAAGGUUCACGAUUCUGUCUCGGUCUAUUAUCGUUUGUUGAUAUUUGCCUACAUACGUGUUCAACAGCACUUAUGGUUUUUUUUCGACCUCUGCCGAAAUAUCUAGUUGUAAAAAUGGCUGAUUUAAGAAAUGUUAUCAUUUGAUUUCUCAGAGGAUGAUUUAGAGGGCAGAAUAUCACCGAAGGAUGAUCCUGAAAACCUUUAUUUACUUACCUGAUACAGCACAAUCUUGGACAUAGCACCAUCGUGUUGGCGUCUUUCUUCUUGCAUGCAAUUUGGGUCUAGUCUUAAGGCAUUUGGCUGGAAACUAACCUUGUAUUCUUGCCCAUUAUCUGCUAGACAUUGAUGUGGAUGGCUCAGUGAACAUUUUGUACUCAUAAAAAAAAUCCCAUAAAAUCCCCUUUAAUGGGAUGUGUGCGGGCACUUCAGUUUGCAACAUUGGAAGCUAUACUUGUUUUAAGAUGGUUCCUUGGACCACAAGCAAAAGGCAAUCUCUUCGUUUUGAAUCUAGUGCUUGUUCUUUUUUCCUCUUAAAUGCACUGGAGGAACACAUAAAAGGUCAUAACAUCAAAGGAAGCGGCACUUCGUACUUACCAUCCACAUAUCUAUCCCAAUCUAAUCUUCCCUAAUGAGAAUAGGCGUAAACCUAUAAAGAAGAAAGGCAUGAUAUGAUCCAACAGUAAUGUGAAGAUCUACUCUGUCAAGAAAGCCGGGCCUGCUGACACAUGAGCAUAGACUACAUGAGUUCCUUGAAUUUUAAAUCAUCAAACCACUCACAAGACUUAUAUCUGUAAUGGUGGUGCAUGCAUCAAACUGCUAUUUUACACCUUAUUAUAAUUAAAUUUGCCUCUUGAGGGCUGAGAAACGGACCAGAAAUGCGUUAUGACUUCCAAUUUUGUGAGAGAAUUAUUUGACCCGAUACUUUUUCCUACUAUUGUCAGAAUUGUCCCAUAUGAGUGAAGUUGUGGUUACAUAUAUAUACACACUAAACUAAUUGUCAAUUGAUUACAAUGCACAGUAAUUCUGACAUGAUGUAAGAGCCCAUGCUCUUUGGCUAUACGCCACAAUGUUCACUAUGUCUAAUGGCAGAGGAGAGGAUCUACGAGAAUGUUCCUGGAUUGAUUAAUGCAAUUGUGAAGUUACCACUGGUGAUGAGUUUACACAUUAUGGAUUAAUAUUGAGUUAAAUGGCCUCAUAAUCUUAACAAGUUUCUCACUAUUGCUUAAUUUUUAUAUGAUGACAGGAGCUUCUUGUCCGGGAAUUUUCAUUUCACCAACUCAAUGCAAACAUGCUUUGGCCUGGAACUUUUGCAUUUAGUGAAUGGUUGCUCCAAAAUCAAGCGUGCUUUGAGGGGAAACGCAUUUUGGAAUUGGGAAGGUAUACAUACUAAUUUUUUACAAAGGAAGCAUUUAACAUGACUGGAAUCAAAUUGUUCGUUAAAUCUAUUUGAUACGGAAGGUCAGAAUUAAUGUGUUGGAUUAUUGUCCCUUAUUUUUCAGUCUGUGGCAGAAAUCUUGUUUGUGUGUGAUAUGGGGCAGUGGACUGCGCAACAUAUUUUCCCCUUUGAUAUUUACUAGCCGGUUAAAGUUACAAAAAACAUGGGGGCUGGAUUUUGUCUUAAUGAAGUUUUGACGGAUCAUACAUAGAUGUAUCAAACUCUGAUUUGAGAUAUGGUUCUCAGGCUUAUUGGAUGUCCACGAGAGCCAAGAUCAAGUAUCAAGGGUCACUUGGCCGUAUCAAAUUUGAUUCUAUAUCUUCCUGGGGACAGUAGGCACAUUUCUAUUUUAUUAUUUUUUCGAAGACAUCUAAUCAUUCUUAAGAAAUGGGUAUAUCAGGGAUCGAUAUCAAAGCAGCUUCCUACUAAUACUUCGUGAUGUCAAUGUCUUACUAAUUUUAGCCACUUCCUCUGGGCUCACAGUGUCGUAGUUGGACCCAGUAUGUUGAAUUUCUGAAGUGGAUCCAAGUAUCAAAAAAAUGUUUACGUACAGAGACCGUCAUGAACAUCCAGUAGCGUUGACAUAGCAGUAUUUCGCAUGCUUUUCUUUAGUUUUCAUGGUUGAUGUUCUACACAAGUUAUUAGCAUUCACAUUGUAUUCUCCUUUCGGUAUUUGAAGGCACAUGAUUUCUUAGUUACUGCCCUUUACCGUUAUUGUUUUUAAUCAAAGAUAUUAAUGCAAUUCUUCAAAUUAAAGAGAUUUGACAUUUCUUCAUUUGCAUUCAAUGUAGUGGUACUGGAGCAUUGGCCAUUUUCCUGAAGAAGUUACUUGCAGUUGACAUCACAACCUCAGAUUUUGACGAUCUGGAGAUUGAGGAAAAUUUAGCUUAUAAUUGUGCAGCGAAUGGGCUAGAGAUUUUGCCACAUAUCCGCCGUAUGCUUUUUUACCUUUUUGUAGACAUUAUAAUAUCCAUUGGCUAUAUUAUUUAUUACUUGAGCCUAGUUCUCUGCCCUCUGCAUGAUGGCGAACAGAUUUGCAAAACCACUAGCCGACUGCUCUCCUUAGUUUUUUUUUUUUUUUGACAGGAUUUCCUUGAAACAGUUUUCUUGUCCAUUAUCUUGUUGUGGCAAGUGUGACUGCCUUAUGACAUCAUAUUAAUUUGGCGGUGUCUUAUCUCGAGGAGCGUUCAACUUUAAACUGUUCCUUUUUUUACUCUAUAAAAGAAGAGGUUUGUCCUGUUUGUCACAAACUUCCGAGAUUUGGGUGAAUCGACUCUCUUGAUUAUCUCGUUUGUCACACCUCUAGAUAGAUGGAUAAAGCUUCACGAUUAGUUUUGUCUUAGGCGAGUCGAUUCUCUUUUUUCAUCAGUGGUAGCCUAACUUCUAUUUGAAUGUCGGUUUUUUCACAGAUUCAUGGGGUGAUCCUUUCCCAGUUCUUAAUCCUGAUUGGGAAAUAAUUUUGGCCAGUGAUAUUCUUCUUUGUAAGAUUUAUUGCCUUCAAAACCAAAAGAAGUCCCCGGAAUAUGCAAUUCCUCUGAUACAUGAUGCGGUGGUUGCAGAUGUGAAACAGUAUCCGAAUUUAAUCAAAACUUUGUGCUUUCUUCUGAGAUCGAACAAUCUCAAGGACAAUACGAGAGGUCCAACAGGAACUCCAUCGAGAAAUAAACUUAUCAACUUAUCAGGCAAGAUGGACAGUAAAUACAAAAAUAAUGAACUUGUGAUUGUUUAUUAUUUUAUCGGAGCUCAGCAGCAGCGACGCGUUGUUUUUACAGGAAAAGAAAUCCAUCUGCCGUAUCCAGUGUUCCUGAUGAGUUGGCGACGCAGGCUUGGUAAGGAGGAUGAGGCACUGUUCUUUAACGGAUGUGAAGAUGCUGCUUUGGCUUGGGAGCAUUUGGGUUCUCGUGUUUACUGCAUCAGCCCGCGCAGAGAUACUAUUUAG